AUGGAUUUCCUUCACAAAGGAUGGUUCACCGAAUUUUCACCAGAUGAUUUGGAAAGGAUGAAACAGGAAGGAUCCAGUGAGUCGAAGCAGUUGAAGUCCGACGGAGAGGUGAUGGGUGGAGCCUGGCCAGGCCAAGCGUUUUCACUCAAAAGUAAAAGAAAUCCUCUUCCACGAAAAAAGCGAAUACCAAGAUGUUCUAGUGUUCGAGAGAACGAGAUGAGUUCUCAUAUCAAGAAAUGCUCGCUCACCUGCCGAUGUUUGCCCAUCCAAAUCCGAAAAAGGUUAUUGAUCAUUGGAGGUGGUGACGGCGGUAUAUUGAGAGAAGUCCUGAAGCAUCCCGAGGUCGAACAUGUUACCAUGUGUGAGAUCGAUCGUGUUGUGAUUGAGGCGUCGAAAAGAUUCCUACCUGGGAUGUCCUGCUGUUUCUCAGAUCCCAAGCUGAACCUGUUUUGUGGAGAUGGCUUUGAAUUUCUCAAGAAUCAUAAGAAUGAAUUUGACGUGAUCAUCACCGACUCUUCUGAUCCUGUUGGUCCAGCAGAAUCCCUAUUCGGCAAAUCGUACUAUGAGCUGUUGCGAGAUUCUCUGAAUGAAAAUGGAGUGCUGUCUUCUCAAGGUGAGUGCCCUUGGCUGGACCUUGCCCUGAUUGCAAAAGUCUUACGUGAGUAUUGUACACCAAUAUUUCCCGUGGCUCGGUACGCUGUCGGUUCUGUACCCACGUAUACAAGUGGUUUCAUGGGCUACAUCGUUUGCAGCAAAGCCGAGGUUCUAAUCCCUUUCAGCUAG